ACUACACUAUACAACCAAACACCACUGUCUGACGAUAACAACGAAGGAUAUAUAUCCAACUCCAGCUAUCAUCUCAUCACUUGCAUCAAUCACUCCCAAAUAACCAUCAACAUGGAUUCCGGUGCUCCCCAGACUGCUCCCACUGGUAAUGUCAGCGGUCGUCGCCGAAGCUCAGGCUUCAUGCCAGCCUUCGCCAGUCUCAGCGAACAGAAGCGAGCCGGCGAUGCCAACGCUGCCCGUCGUGCGAGUAUGUCAGACCAACAGGCAAAGGGUGGCUUGUUCAGCCAGUUCUUUCACAACAACUUUGGCAAGAACGCUGCUAAAUAAAUGAAAUGAGAAUCAUGACAAAUUGAAGGCAUUGUUCACUGUAUUAUUAGUAUCAUGAUGGCGGAUUGCGGGGUGAAUGGGCCCCCUAGUAUUGUUUCUCUUGCGAUUGGUAAUUAGGCUAUGGAGUUGAUGUGAAGCCAGUUUAGGUGCUGGAGUAGCACAGCAGAACGCAAUAAUGUGAUCCAACUUACUAGUUA